UUGUUGUUUUUUGAGCGAUCUGGCAACUACACUCGUGGGACGACAGUUCUUCGCUUCCGUUCUUAUUAUCUUUUAAACCGUUCUUCGCCAAAAAAAUGGCGUUCCAUUAAACGGCGUUCUAAAAUUAUAUGGAUAUUUUUUUUGUAACAAUCAGAAUACUACCAUAUCACUAGAAGGAUGUCAAAUUUUCAAGAUUUCUUAUUUCAUGGAAUACCUAAAUUCUGCAGGAAAGAGUUCGAAACACUUCAUUUUUACAACUGCCCAAGCACUGGUGUUGAUAAAAGACGCCUGUUUGAAGCUGUAAGUUUAAGAAGAGAAGGUACUGAAGCUCACAUUGGAUUUGGAAAAAAACUGUUGUUUUGUGACAAAAUUACUGUGAAUCCUUUAAAAGUUGACAAACUUGGAGACAUUCCAAUUCCAGUUUCUGUUCAGGAUAUUGAAAGGCUUAAAGAAAUAUCUAAAGUAGGAUAUUGUGGAAAAGGAUACAACAGGGUUUUGGACUGCUCUAAAAAAUUCGCCUUACAAAUAGAUGCCUCAAAACUUGCCUCAACAAUUUCUGAUGACCUUAGCUUGACAUCUAUGGUUAUGCAUCAUCUAGACCUGCCUUCUGAGUUGAUGAAUGUUCAAGCAAAACUUGAUCAGUUGAUCUUGUAUGAGUCUGGUGGUCAUUACCAGUGUGUCUUGGAAUCAGGGAAAGAAUAUGGUUCGUUCGGUACUAUGAUUCUUCAAUUACCAGUGGAAGGUGGUCAUGAAGGUGGACGUUUCAACGUGGAAUAUCAAGGAAAAGAAUUAUUGUUCGAAAAUGAGGAGGACAGCGAUCGAAGUUUUUAUACUUGCGUAUUUUACGAAAACUGUAAACAUUCAAUGGAACCCGUAAAAUGCGGGGCAAGAUUAACACUUCAAUUCAACCUUGUUUGGUCUAAUGCCAAGAUUGUCAUUCCACAAGAUUUCCCUUUUUUUCUCACCGCCCUUAAGGAGAUAAAAGAAACGCUCUCAUCUUGGAUGUCCGAUGGAAGUGCCGACCCCCAAAUCAAGAACAUGACAAAUAUGACUAUAUCGAAAGAAUCACAUGCAGUAUCCAAUACGGAAGCCAUCGUCAUCGACGACGUUUUGCAUUUUGUUCUCGAAGAGAAAUAUGACGCAAAAGACUUUGGAUUUCGUCGACUUCGUGGAAAAGACCGGGAGUUGGCUCAGCUUUUUCAGUGUUGUUGUUUUCUUGACGUGCAUUUAGCAGUCGUUACACAAACUGUUGCAACUAUUCGUGCUGUAAGGGAUUGGCACAGUCCCCUUUUACGCCAUUUGUGCAGAUGCCAGAAUUACAAGAAAAUCAAAUCUUCUACAAAAAUUUCGCGAUGGUUGGACUCGGAGGAUGUGCCCAGAAAGUUAAGUUGUGAUUUUAAUCUGGAGAAGCAUGGUGUUGGACUUCGUCGGAAACUUCCAACAUCAAACAGCAUUGAAAAUUACUUGGAAGAUGAACGUCUUGAGUGUGGUGAAGAUUGCUAUGGAAAUUUCAACACCAUCUCUAGCAAAAAGUACAUCCAGCACUUCAUUUUGGUUAUUUGGCCUAAGCGUGAAUCGUUUCGGAUGUAUUGUCGCCAUGGCCUUGAUGCGCUCCUGAAAGAAUUGGAAUUUAAAAGUUCAUCUAGAUGGCUUGAAGAUAGCGUGCAAAAGGCCACUGAAGAUUUAGGAAAGAUGAUUACACUCUGUUCUUCUGAUCCUUGGCUUACUAUAUGGAACCAAACAGCAUUAAGAGAAGGCGAAUUGACAGAAAGAUUACUCCGUCUUUGUAUCGACUUGCAAGCGCGCGAAGAAGGCCUUGCUCUCUUAAAAGUUUUAAGUUUAGACUUCCAGAUACCACAAGAAGAACGAACCAGCGACUGUCAAGAAAUUUUCGAAGGAAUCAAAACUGAACAAGUUGCCGAGGCGAUCGUUGAAUUCGAGUGUCGAGUCACUGGGUGGAAUGACUGCGCCGAUGCCAUUGAGAAAAUUCUUUCUCCUAAUCGAAUCUUCCAACAGCUUGUACCUGUAAUGAAAAUGGCUCGAUCCUUCUUGAAUGUCGAUUGCUCAGAAGGAGCCAAAUUAGUUGGCGACUGCAUUUCUUCCGCAUUCAGCGGCAUCGACAAAUCGCAAGCCCUGAGGAUGGAAAAGGCUGAUAUUCAUGAUUGUAUGGAGUUGAUCAUUUUACUGGAAGCAGAUCCCAAAACUGCCAAUCAAGAAAGACAGACGUCGGUAGCAUCUUUUUUCUCCAAAUUGGAAUUUUCAAUGCAGUGCGACCUGGUGCUAAAGUUGGAAGCUCGAACUCGCCCGCAAUCCCACAAUUCGGAAUCUCGCAAAAUGAUGUUCCAGGCCUUAUGCAAAGCUCUGACCUAUUGUGAGCUUGGUUCUCCCCUUAUCAAGGAGAACGAUGUAGUUGACUUGAUUUUCUGUUACUCCCGCAUUGGAAAUGGAGAAUGGCUUCAAUCUUUCCUAUCCAACGUCGUCCGCGCUCAAGUCACCUCUGAGAAGAGUAACGAUCUUCCUACGAAAACAUUAUUGCAAAAAGUUAUUUCAUCUCCUCGAAUAUUGCAGCUAGAUCUUUCGUCUGACCUAGGCGAGUCUUUGAUGAAAGUGCUUGUUGAUAGCCAGUUAACCUUGAAUAUUCAUCAGUUAACCACCAUCUUGAUUGAUGUUUGGUAUGAUACCAGCCCCAUAUUUUUGAGAAGGCUUCCUUCCACCGUCACGAUUAUUUCUCAUUUUUGCUCUGUCAUCAUUUUGCGAUUGAAGAAAAACACAACCGAAAUGCUCAGCCAGCGAAGAAUUCUGGAGGUGAUCAAGAUUUGUAUUGAGUUGGGUAACGCAUCAUUAACAAAAUCUUUACUCAAGCAAGUAUGUGCCAAAAUAAGUACUUGGGGCAAUCGAGAAAAGUACAGUUUGUUUGUUGACCUAAUUUUUGUUUCGGACGUGUGGGGAGCAUUGAGUUCCAAAUCGAAGCUGAUCACCAUGCAAACCUUUAGUUCACUUGUACCAACUUUGAUCAUGGGAAUGUGUCGUCCUUGUCCCGUUUCCAAAUCACCAAUACGGAUCGAAGUCCUCUUCAAUUGCAUAAAUUUUUUUUUCUUAAUCGAAUUGAACGGAUUUGAAAUUGAACCGAAGAUCAACGCCCAAACCUUUGAACCGUUAAUUGCCAAACUACCAGUUUCAUUGCUCAUGGAACUUGUUUUGCAGCUCUACAAAUCGGAAGCCAAAAAAAGUCAAAAUAUUAAGACACUUCCCGUCUGCUUCAAUUUCUAUCGCGACACAUCAAGGCUCUUCUUUACAUUGGAAUUUGUACCGCUUGUAUCUUCAAGGACAGCAACCCCAAUUUUGGACUGCCUCUUGUGGCUGGAAGAUGAACAGUGUUGGCAAUCAUUUGCCCUGAGUGUUUCCGCAGCCUCCCCAUCUUUUUUUCUGCGGGUCUUCUUGGAAGAUCUUGCUAUCCAGCGAGCUCUUAAAGAUUCUUGUCCCGCUGUAGCUGCUUUCCUACUCAUCGUGGAUAACUGGUCACUCAAAUCAGCGUUUUGGAAGGAACCGCUAUUUAGCUGGAACCAGCCUAAAGCUGUUCUGCCGGAUCAUCCUGAAGUGGAGGCUUUUCUUCAUUCGUCACUAAAGUCCAUGACCUACAAGAAAUUUACUCGAAUCGCUGAGGCUCGUGAUUUCGCCAAGUACCUGUCUUACAACUUUAGUGUUUCGGUUGUUACGUCUGCAAGUGGAAAACAGUCGCAAUGCAUCAUUACGAAAACCCGUAAACAGUACGAACGGACCAAGAGACUGUAUUUCAACAGAAAAGCACAAAUGGUAGAAUUGGUGAAGGAAUGCCUUGGUCAAGCAAAUUUGAAAGCAAAACCACUGCGCCGUCAGCCGCGCGUUUUUGUCCGUAACCUCUGGUAACAGAUGAUGUUGUAUGUGUCGUCCCUCCACCUAAACGCCCCAAGCGCGACUUACUUCUAUAGUUGACACUUGACUUAUUAUGAAAUUUUUUUUUUUGUUUUUAACUUGAAAAAUUUUUGGUUUCUUUUCAUCUGAAUUCACGUCACGUCCUAUUAUUUUAUUAUCAUUACCAUCGAGUGUAUACCAAGAAAUAAAAGAACCCCUGUUGCGAAGUUACUUUUUUUUUUA